AUGGGACCGUCGCCAAGCACGGCGGACCCAAAUAAAAGGCAUCAUUCACGCCAACAUCAUACAGACCAUCCAAAUGAAGAACAAAAAAUAGAUCCUAUUGCACUUCAAGAGGAGUUCUUUGCACAAGAAGCUCUAAAACCAUUAUUACGCACAGGAUUCGCUGGGCAAUGGUCAGUAGAAACGUUCGUUGGAAAACAUCCAGUCGAAAGAAAUGGCCAAUUCUCAGUAAUUUCGAAAUUACGAAACUCAUUAAUUAUAGGUUACGGGCAGGAUACUAAUGGCGUUGCACUAAACGACGUUUGGGAAUUAAAUCUCGAUUCAAAGCAGUGGCAUCAAAUCAAAUUGAAAGGCGACAUUCAAUUACCUCGAAUUUCAGCAUCUGCUUGUAUUCAAGACGAAAUUCUUUAUAUAUUUGGUGGCAGAAUUGCAGGCACAUACCUUGAUGAUCUCCAUUCUAUUGAUUUGAAGACUGGCGAAGUCAAAUUAAUUUCAACCCAUAAUGACCCUCCAUCACCAAGAGCUUCCCCGGUAAUUGCAGUACACAAUAAUAACCUAUACGUAUGGGGUGGCUUGAACGAAGCAUGGCCUGAUGAUCUUCAUACUUUAGAUCUCUCCACAGGAGCAUGGUCAACAUCCAAACCAGGCCUAUCGGGAAGAGCAAAUAUACCAACAGCUAUUUACGAAAACUGCGUCUACGGAUACGGCUGUUCGAGAUCUGGCGGUUUUAUCGUUAUAGAUCUUGAAAAUGGACAGGCGACAAUUAAAAAAGCAGAUGGUGAAGCUCCACCAAGCGAUAUUAAUGCUGGCGGUAUGUGUCUUGUUGAUCAUUUCUUGAUAUAUUUUGGCGGAAUUUCAGAAAAUGAAUAUAUGCUUGUACAUGCUUGCGACUUACAUAGAAUGCGCUGGUUUACGUUCUGGGUGACACCAGAUGGCGAAACAGUCACGCAAAAUGACGGAUUUACAGAUGAAAAAGGUCUCUUCCAUUUACCAAAUAUUCAUAGCUUCAGCGUAGCAUACAGUGAAAAGACACGCGAAAUUGUGUCUUGUCUUGGUGUUCCUGCGCAUGAUCCUCCAAUGGUUUCUAUUUUUUCUGUUGGAGAAGCUUUAUCUGUAUUGCAUCUUCGCGAUGACUUGUUGGAUACUCUAUCACCAGCUCAAAAUUAA